UCGCACUCCAAAACCCUCUCUCUCUCUCUCUCUCUCUCUCUCUCUCUCUCUCAUGUCGAAACCUCUGAAAGGAGAGUGAGAAGAGAGCCGGAAAAGAAAACUAAAAUGGCGCUUUCCUCCUCUCGCUCUUGCCUUCCAAAUCCCGUCAGAUUCUAUCGCCCAAUUCCCAAUUCCUGCCUCUCUCUCUCCAUCCCAAUCCCAACACCAUUCUUCCCCUCUCUGAUCUCCAAGCCCGUCUCGAUUCCCACCGGAUUAGCCCUGGUCCAUGUAAAGGCCUCGUCUUUCGCGGUCUCCGAGACCACCGACUUCGGCGCCACCAUGGACGACAUUGGCGGCGGCGAAGAGGAUGAGGACCUUGUCGGAUCGCCGUGGGAAGGGGCGGUGGUGUACCGGCGGGACCCAUCGGUAUCCCACGUGGAGUACUGCACCACCCUCGAGCGGCUGGGGCUCGGGAAGCUCUCCGGUGGAGUGUCCCGGUCCCGUGCCGCCGCUAUGGGGAUCCGGCUGCCGGUUAGGCGGGCAAAAGAUUCAGCCUUUGGCGACGACGAGACGCCGGUGCUCAUCUCGCUGGAUAUCACCAGGAGGAAGCGGAGGCUGAAGCUGGAUGGGAUCCUGCGGACUGUAAUCACGCUCCGCUGCAACAGGUGCGCUGAACCGGCAGCUGAAUGUGUAUUCUCAAACUUUGGUCUUUUGCUUACCGAGGAACCUAUUGAAGAAUCUGAUGAAAUAAACAUGGGAACUUUAUUUGGACAAGAUAGACACAGCAGCUCUUCUGGAAGUGAUAAUGAGAUGGAUGGCGAGGAUGCCAUCGACUUGGAUGACCGACUCCACUUUCCAGCCGAAGAAAAGGAAAUCGACAUCUCCAAACACAUACGAGACAUCAUCCACGUAGAGAUCACAAUAAAUGCAGUCUGCGAAGCGAGUUGCAAAGGUCUGUGCCUGAGAUGCGGCACAAAUCUGAACAAGAGCAGUUGCAAAUGCAGCAAAGAUGCCGUGGAGGAUAAGUUGAACGUGUACGGGCCACUCAAGGGUUUAAGGAAGCAAAUGCAGAAAACAUGAUAGAUUUUCUGAUCCAACUUAUUUAGAUGGCACAGAUUUAGUGUCUGGUGCAAAGCCUAGUAGUAUUUGUAUCUACAUAAAGCAAUUUGUUUACAUCAGUUUCUCGUACAGUGAGUUUCAAGCUAAAGUUAAUGUGAUAGGAGAACAGGAAGACUUGAUGUAACCUAUAAACAAGCCAAGCACAAAUGAAAGGAUCUUCGUUUC